UCUAAGCGUAGGCACACUUUUAAAAGAGGAACAAAAUAUAUCUAAUCUAUAAAGGAUCAUAUGGAUCAAGGCUGUACGUUUUCACUCAUUUGUGCACCAAACUGUCACAAUGUUUUGGCAUAUAUGGCAGGAGAUCCAGUUUUCUUCCGUGAUUUCUACUGUCAACAUAGUGACAUUGGCUGUGUUCAUUUUUGUUUAUUAUUGUGUGCAUGAGUACAGAAGACUUAGACAUUUUUCUAACAUUCCCCCGGGUCCUAAGCCAUGGCCUUUGGUCGGCAAUUUUGGAGGUUUCUUGAUUCCAUCUUUCAUUUCAAGACGAUUUGGUCGAAAUCGGGAGGAAUAUGUAAAGAGGACAUCCAACCCUGUUUCGCCCCAAGUUGCUCUGAUGGAACUUUCAAAAAUCUAUGGGAACAUAUUCAGUAUAUUUGUUGGCAACCAACUGAUGGUUUUGCUGACUGGCUAUGAAGUAGUCAGAGAUGCUCUCUCCAACCAUGCAGAGGUGUUCUCUGACAGACCAGAUGUUCCAGUCAUCACCAUUAUGACAAAGAGAAAAGGUAUGGAAUCGUUUUUUGCACCGUAUGGCCCAGUGUGGAGAAAGCAACGCAAGUUUUGCCAUAGCACUUUACGUGGCUUUGGCCUGGGGAAGCUCAGCUUAGAACCAUGCAUAUUGGAAGGUCUGGCUAUUGUUAAAAGUGAACUAUUGAGGCUCAGCAGUGAGUCUGGAGAAAUGGGUGUUGACCUUACUCCACUAAUUAGCAACGCUGUGUCCAACGUUAUUUCUGCCAUUAGCUUGGGACAGCGUUUCCACCUCCAGGACCAGGAGUUCAGAACUCUGCUGGAUCUUAUGGCCCGGGGCCUAGAGAUCAGUGUCAACAGUCCUGCAGUACUCAUCAACAUCUUCCCCUGGCUUUACCACCUGCCCUGUGGGGUGUUCAGGGAGCUGCGGCAGGUCGAGGGCGACAUCACUGCAUUUCUUAAAAGGAUCAUUGCCAGACACAGGGACACACUAGACCCAGACAACCCAAGGGACCUCAUAGACAUGUACCUUGUGGAGAUGCUGGCCCAGCAGACUGCAGCAGGCCCCACAGAGAACACCUUCUCAGAGGACUACCUUUUUUACAUCAUAGGCGACCUCUUCAUUGCAGGAACAGAUACCACCACCAAUUCCAUGUUGUGGAUGCUAUUGUACAUGUGUUUGUAUCCCGACAUCCAAGAGAAAGUUCAGGAGGAAAUUGAUGCAGUGAUUGGCCGAGACAAGUUUCCAUCACUGACAGACAAAGGAUGCCUGCCAUUCACUGAGGCAACCAUAAUGGAGGUCCAGCGGAUGACUGUGGUGGUUCCUCUUGCAAUUCCUCACAUGGCCUCACAGACCACAGUGUUCCGGGGUUACACCAUUCCAAAAGGUACGGUGAUCAUCCCAAACCUGUGGUCUGUCCACAGAGAUCAAUCUGUUUGGGACAGUCCAGAUGACUUCAAACCUUCAAGGUUUUUGGAUGAACAGGGAAAACUGCUGAGAAAAGAGUAUUUCAUUCCAUUUGGAAUAGGCCGCAGAGUGUGCAUGGGAGAGCAGCUUGCCAAGAUGGAGCUCUUCCUGAUGUUCACCAAUCUGAUGCAGGCAUUCACAUUUAGAUUCCCCAAAGAAAAACCACCUCCACCCAUGCAUGGGCGCUUCGGCCUUACAUUGGCCCCUUGCUCGUACACUGUUUGUGUGACACCCCGCUAGACACAACACUGACUGAAAGUGUUAAAGGUCAAGUCCACCAUUGUAAUGUGAAAUAUUUGUUAAAUUCAGGAAAUUGCUCUGUAUGGUCCUCUAGCUUUCUGGUUUUGUGUGUAGUCCUAACUCUGUAAAUGGGAAACAAAGUAGCUGAGACUGAGUAUUACCAAAGUCCAUUUAGGCAUGUCCUUCCACUUGGUGGCCAUAUUGCAACGCACUUUGGGCACUUAAUGGACAUCUAUUUCGGUCAGAACUGUGUGUGUGCAAGGGUUUACGACACCAACCUCACUACAGCGGCGAGAUCACACCACAUGAUUGAUACAAUUUAUUUACAUUUUGGCCGCGGAAGGGGCGGGCUAUGUGAAGACAACUGCCAUAUUGGUGUUACAAUUAACCCCUGCAUUUCUAUAGAGGAUUUUUUGAGUGCUGUGUGUCCUCAUUAGAUCGUCUCUGGCAUUACCCUAUUACAGCCAAUAAAUUAGUUGCUUUAGAGGGAUGGAAGGAAGGGAUUUACCAGAAUGGCUGACUCCACCUUAAAAUAUAAACUGUUAGUUUGGCUGACCCUGUCCAGAAGUGUUUGUCCCUGUCCCAUGGAAGCUGAAAUGCUCAAGAAGGGAGGUAAUUCGGUGACCACUGACAUUUCUUUUGGCUGAUUGCCUUUCACUAAAAAUGUUUGCACUUUAAUAAUAUCAGGGAAUUUCAUUUAAAGAUUUGCUAAUGCUGCAAUGCAAUGUGUAACUGACAUCUUGCAAAAUUAAGAAAACUAAUGUUGUAUUGCACUGCACAUAAGUAAUGAGAAAACAUAUUAUACAGUAUCAUUUCAUUUAAUCUGCUGAUAAUAAAUUGCUCAUGUAUUGUUUGGGAAUAUGUUGAAUGCCCUGGUUGGCACAUUAAAAAUUAUUUUAGAAAUGUUUUAUAUUAGCGAUAAAUAAACCAAGUUUAAAAUCUUGA